AAUAAACAAUAAAAUGCAAAUGGAACAGACUGUAAAAACUGGAAUGGAAUCUGAGAAUGGAAUAUUUGAAUUAGCUUCAUUAUGACAUAGGCCUACUACAGAAUGUGUGAUACAAUGAGAAUGUAACAGAAUUGGUUCAUUUCACCAGCAGACUUCAAGCUGUGAACCACAAAUGCAUUCAGAGUGACAAAACUAAAAAAAGUGGAAAAAUUUGAACCUCAAGAACAGUUUAAAGUUAGCGACCUGAUCCGUCAGUGAAAGCAUUAACGUUAACCAGUGUCUCCAAACCAGCUUCCUGUGAAUGUGUGACAGGAGUCCAGUAACCGCCAGACAGAAUCAGACAGAGUUGUUCUUCUGGAAGAGUUCAGUGACAACAAGCUGUAGGGAGACGGUACAUCUCUGACACCAAAAUGGAUUUCAGUGCAGAGAUAGAGCGUGCUAUAGAGGAGAUGGAGAGGGGAAAGCUGCUUUCCACUGUCUGGGCGGCCAUAGAUGAAAUAUUGGCUGACACAUCCAACCCUCCACCUCCUCCUCUUGUCCCUGCUGAGCUAGAAUUCAACACCCACCCUCAGCCAGUGGAAAGUCAGACUGAAGGAUAUGGGGCGUGGAUCCCCAUGAUGGCAGAUCUUCAUAUGUUUGAGCAGCAAAAUCCCCUGAUGGCUGCUCCCACCAUGUACGAUGGACUUCUGUAUCAGGGAGACAUUGUCCAGCCAGGUCACCUGUCUGGUCAGGCAGGUGUAUAUAGCGCUGGACAGUAUCUACCGUAUCAGUGGCCUGUGGCUGACGUCCCGACAGCAACAGCUGUCAGUCACCCUGCUGCUGCUCCACAGCCGUAUCUACCACAUCAGUGGCCUGUAGCUGACGGCCCGACAGCAACAGCUGUCAGUCACCCUGCUGCUGCUCCACAGCCAUGUAACAUUGUGCCUGUGGUGAAGCUCUCUGAAGGCCAGAGCCUGCGUUGGAUUGGAGUGCAGAACAGAGAGAUGUUGUAUGAGGUCAUAGCAAAAGAUCCACUGAACACUUUCAAUUCAAGAAAGAGAAAGCGUGAAACCCAGCAGGACGACUCCCGUCCGUACGUAAAGAAGCCGCCAAAUGCCUUUAUGCUCUUCAUUAAAGAGCAGAGGUUGAGUGUUGAGGCCGAAUUUAACAUCAAAGGCAUAACGAGUGCAGCUGUAAAUAGAAUCCUGGGACAGAAGUGGAAGUCACUAACAAAAGAAGAGCAGGCCAAAUAUUUUGACAAGGCCAAAGAAGAAAAACGUCUCCACGCCCAGCAACACCCCAAAUGGACCACCAGAGAUAACUAUGGAAAAAAGAGGAAGAGAAAAGUUAAAGCAUCUGCAUUCAAUCCUGAAGAGGACACUCAACAGGCCAAGAAGCUGUGUGGGACAUCAGUGCAGACAGCAGUGAUGGAGUCUUCUUCCUCACUGGCGGAGGUGAUGGAGUCUUCCUCCUCACUGGCAGAGGUGAUGGAGUCUUCCUCCUCACUGGUGGAGGACCUGCAGACAGUCCUGGUGCCGGAGGCUCCACAAACACAGACAGUCUUGGUGCAGCUGCCACACUCACAGACUGCCGUGACUCCUGUGUGCGACAUGCGUCACUUGCCACAGGUGUAUAAGGUCAGCCCUGCCUCAUGGCUGGAUCUUCCGGAAACAGCGUCCACGUCGCUGGCCUCCCCUGCUCCACUGACUGUAACGCAGAGUCCACCCACUCAGAGGAUGUCGGAGGACAGGUGUCACCCAGUGAUGGAGCCGCUUGAGCCACCUUCCUCUCCUCACUGUACAGCUUCAGCUGCCCUUCUCUAGACAUCUGCACUCUGGAGCUUAAUAAAAAAGAUUCAUACACAAACAGAAUCACAAAUAGUACUUUGACGUGUGACAACUAACAGAGCACCACAGUGCAAAACAGUUUUGAAAGCCAUUAUAUUAUUCGUUAAACACAGGAAAACAGGAUCAAGAAAAGGGAACAGCAGCCACGUGUUUGAACUAUUAAUCUAUAACAAUCUACUCUGUAUAACGUUAUACAGAUAAACAGAACCACAACCUACACCCUCCAAAAUGAUCAUAAAUCAACACUUCUCUAAAACAGCUUCAACAAAAAUGUACUGCAGAAUUAUUGGAGGACUGUUUUGUAUUAGACAGUUACAGUAGUUAAGUGUACCUAAAUGGGCAACUGAGUGUGUACUUUAACUAACUAAAUAAUUAUCGUUACUUUAAGCCUUUCAUCUCCUUAUUCUAUCCGUCUUCUAAAUACUGUAGGUUUUUGUUAUGCUUUUGUACUGCCUUAUUACCUUGUGAGUGUUUUAAGAUUUUGUAUCUUGUAA